AUGGAUUGUAGGCCAACUGGAAGUGUCAUUGGGAUCGCCGUCUUUGCCUGGCUGUGGUUGCUCGCGGCGGGCCGGGGACAGCCACAGAGUCUGACAUUGGGCGGCUACCAACAGUACCAGCAGACGGCUACGCUGGGCGGCUACUUCCUGGACAAUGGCACCCACUAUCUGCUGUACGAAAGGCCGAGGGUGACGCGGCCGAGCUUCCUGCCGCUCUCCCAUUUUGGCAACAUCUCUAGCAACCCGGGCGUGAAUGCCCUGGAGACCCUGGACUAUCUGCCCACCAGAAUUGUGAAUGGCAAGAGGAUCAAGUGCUCGAGGGCGCCCUACCAGUGCGCCAUCAGUUACCAGAAAUACUUCAUCUGCGGCUGUGUGAUCCUGAAUCGUUCUUGGAUUCUCACCGCCCACCACUGCAUCGUGGGCGCGGCCGGGAAUUACCAGGUGCGGGCAGGGACCUCACAGCAGAGACGCGGCGGCCAGUUGCGCAAUGUCAAGAAGAUCGUCGCCCAUGCCGGCUACAGCGACUACACCAUGAGGAACGAUUUGGCGAUGAUGAAGCUCAGCAAACCGCUCAAGUACAACCGCUGUCUUAAGCCGGUGCGCUUGCCAUCGCGGAAAAUCAGGCGCUUUCCUCGCUGCUACCUGGUCAGCGGCUGGGGUUUGACCUCGGCCAAUGCCCAGAACGUCCAGCGGUACCUCCGCGGCGUGCGCGUCUGCAAGGUGAGGCGUGGCAAGUGCCAAAAGAAGUACAAGGGCACCGGCGUCAAGAUCUACAAGGAUAUGAUCUGUGCUGCGAGCCCGGGUAAGGACAGCUGCUCUGGUGACUCUGGCGGUCCACUGGUCCACGGAAACAUCCUCUAUGGCGUCGUAUCCUUCGGCAUUGGAUGCGCCAACCGCAAGUAUCCGGGCGUCUAUGUGAAUGUGAAGCGAUAUGUGCCCUGGAUAAAGAAAGUCAUGCGAAAGUAUUAG